GAUUAUACGUUUGAAUUUAAUGCUUGAAAUAUUGGUGCCUCUGACGAAAGUUGAAUUACAGCUUAUCUAUGGAUUACAGUUUGAAUAAGGAAAGAAGAAAGAAUUAGUAACGGUUUCAAUCGGUUUCAGUUUUAAUAACAGAAAGUUAUAUGUGUAAAUGCUUGAUAAUAAAAGGUACGUGGUAGAUAUACUUAUCAAAGGGAGUUAGAAAAGACUGAUAAAACAUAUCAAUAAAUGGAUAUUACUACCUUUGUUGGUGAUAUUACAGAAUGGGAGUUAAAAAAGCGUUUGGAUUUAAAAAUUCAGAAACUGCAAAAACAGAUUGCUGAAAAAGGGUGCAGUGAUUUUGAAUUCUCCAACAACAAAGAUUCUGUUGACGAUUUAUUAAAUAAUUUGGCAUAUAGAUGUGUAGUUUGUGAUUUAUCUGAUAGUGAAAUUAAAAGUGAAAUUGAGAAAAUUAUGGAUGAAAUAUUGCAAAUAAGCAAAUUAUCUGAAGAGGUACUUGAUGAAUCAAUUCAGUUAGAUGAAUCUUUCAGUACAGAGCAGUCCUGUUCAAAUUCUAAUGACUCAUUUAAUUUUAAUGAUACUAUGGAAGAAAUGGAACGCUUAUUAAGAGAUGGGUUAGUUUCUGGAAAUGAUAACAUUGAAGAUGAUAAAUAUGUAGCUGAUAGUAGCCCAGAAACAAUGAGUAAAUCACAAGAAAGCAACAUAAAUUUUAAGGAAGUUGAUCAAAAUAUGUCUGCUAUAGAGGUGGAGCAGUUCAGCUGUGAUUUUUCUAAAAACUUUGAAAAUGAACAGUACAGUCCUCAGUCAGUAAACUCUGAAGAAAGUAUUAAAAGUAAAAAGACAACUGAUGUUAAUCACUUGCCAUUUAAAUUACCUGUUUCUUCUUAUAAGAAACAAAUAUUAAAUAGUGGUGGAAAUAAGCCACAGUGUAAGACUUCAAAUCCUGUAAACAAAUUGUAUAAACAUAUAACCAGUCCAGUUGCAUUCUACAUCAAAAACAGUGGAAUUACACCAAGAAGACAGCAUUUAAAAUUCACUCCUGAAAAGCACCUAAGCAGAAAUGACAUGAGUGAAAGUGUGUACUCUGAAUCAAUAACUAACAAUCAAUUUCCUCAGGCAAAAGAUAUAAUUUUACCUGAAGUAUUCUAUUUGCCGGCUGCCAUGAAAAUUGUUUCCCAGGAACAUCAUACAAAACUACCAAACAGUAUAAAUAAGUUGGUUGGAAACAUGCCUGAAAUUAUCAUCCAUGAGCAUCGAAUUAGAAAAGGAGAAAGAAAACUAAAUAUGCACACUGCAAAUCCAAAUAACUCAGUUGCAAAUGAAGACAUUUCUAUUUAUACUACAAAACAAGCAGAAAUUCAAUAAGACAAUAAUAAAAUAACUUCACUGAAUGUUAACUGUGAUUUUCAUGUUUUAAAUUAAAUAAUUCAUUGUAUCAGUAUUUCUGAAUUAAUCGUUUUUAAAAAUUACAUUUCACUUCCUUUUAUUUUGUUGAAAAAAAAAAAAGAUUAAUUUAAUGCACUAUUAUUAAAUUGUCUAAUUAGAAAUACUCAUUAGUAAAAUCAUAACUAAAAUUGUAAUACAAUUCAUUUCUCUCUAUUUUUGAUUUUACUAAUAAAUCUAUUUAAUGCUAAA